AUGGCUGCGCAGAAGCGGCUGCGCGGAAGCGGCUGCGCGGAAGCGGCUGCGCGGAAGCGGCUGCGCGGAAGCGGCUGCGCGGAUGCGGCUGCGCGGAAACGUCUGCGCGGAAACGGCUGCGCGGAAACGGCUGCGCGGGAACGGCUGCGCGGGAACGGCUGCGCGGGAACGGCUGCGCGGGAACAGGUGCGCGGGAACAGGUGCGCGGGAACAGGUGCGCGGGAACAGCUGCGCGGGAACAGCUGCGCAGGAACAGCUGCGCAGGAACAGCUGCGCAGGAACAGCUGCGCAGGAACAGGUGCGCAGGAACAGCUGCGCAGGAACAGCUGCGCAGGAACAGGUGCGCAGGAACAGGUGCGCAGAAACAGCUGCGCAGAAACAGCUGCGCAGAAACAGCGGCGCAGAAACAGCGGCGCAGAAACAGCGGCGCAGAAACACUCUAUAGCCUCCGGUUACAGGAGCGUACCUCCAUGUUCAAUGUUUUUUGGGCAGUUGAACAUUGAAGUCUCAUCAGAAAAUCAGAAACAGCUGCGCAGAAGCGGCUGCGCGGAAGCGGCUGCGCGGAAGCGGCUGCGCGGAAGCGGCUGCGCGGAAGCGGCUGCGCGGAAGCGGCUGCGCGGGAGCGGCUGCGCGGGAGCAGCUGCGCGGAAGCGGCUGCGCGGAAGCGGCUGCGCGGAAGCGGCUGCGCGGAAGCGGCUGCGCGGAAGCGGCUGCGCGGAAGCGGCUGCGCGGAAGCGGCUGCGCGGAAGCGGCUGCGCGGAAACGGCUGCGCAGAAACGGCUGCGCAGAAACGGCUGCGCAGAAACGGCUGCGCAGAAACGGCUGCGCAGAAACGGCUGCGCAGAAACGGCUGCGCAGAAACGGCUGCGCAGAAACGGCUGCGCAGAAACGGCUGCGCAGAAACGGCUGCGCAGAAACGGCUGCGCAGAAACAGCUGCGCAGAAACAGCUGCGCAGAAACAGCUGCGCAGAAACAGCUGCGCAGAAGCAGCUGCGCAGAAGCAGCUGCGCAGAAACAGCUGCGCAGAAACAGCUGCGCAGAAACAGUGCGCAGAAACAGCUGCGCAGAAACAGCUGCGCAGAAACAGCUGCGCAGAUACAGCUGUGCAGAUACAGCUGCGCAGAAACAGCUGCGCAGAAACAGCUGCGCAGAAACAGCUGCGCAGAAACAGCUGCGCAGAAACAGCUGCGCAGAAACAGCUGCGCAGAAACAGCUGCGCAGGAACAGCUGCGCAGAAACAGCUGCGCAGAAACAGCUGCGCAGGAACAGCUGCGCAGGAACAGCUGCGCAGAAACAGCUGCGCAGAAACAGCUGCGCAGAAACAGCUGCGCAGGAACAGCUGCGCAGGAACAGCUGCGCAGGAACAGCUGCGCAGGAACAGCUGCGCAGGAACAGCUGCGCAGGAACAGCUGCGCAGAAACAGCUGCGCAGAAACAGCUGCGCAGAAACAGCUGUGCAGAAACAGCUGCGCAGAAACAGAUGCGCAGAAACAGCUGCGCAGAAACAGCUGCGCAGAAACAGCGGCGGACAAACAGCGGCGCAGAAACACUCUAUAGCCUCCGGUUACAGGAGCUGAAGUCUCAUCAGAAAAUCAGAAACAGCUGCGCGGAGACGGCUGCGCAGAAGCGGCUGCGCGGAAGCGGCUGCGCGGAAGCGGCUGCGCGGAAGCGGCUGCGCGGAAACGGCUGCGCGGAAACGGCUGCGCGGGAACGGCUGCGCGGGAACGGCUGCGCGGGAACGGCUGCGCGGGAACAGGUGCGCGGGAACAGGUGCGCGGGAACAGGUGCGCGGGAACAGCUGCGCGGGAACAGCUGCGCAGGAACAGCUGCGCAGGAACAGCUGCGCAGGAACAGGUGCGCAGGAACAGCUGCGCAGGAACAGCUGCGCAGGAACAGGUGCGCAGGAACAGGUGCGCAGAAACAGCUGCGCAGAAACAGCUGCGCAGAAACAGCGGCGCAGAAACAGCGGCGCAGAAACAGCGGCGCAGAAACACUCUAUAGCCUCCGGUUACAGGAGCUGAAGUCUCAUCAGAAAAUCAGAAACAGCUGCGCAGAAGCGGCUGCGCGGAAGCGGCUGCGCGGAAGCGGCUGCGCGGAAGCGGCUGCGCGGAAGCGGCUGCGCGGAAGCGGCUGCGCGGAAGCGGCUGCGCGGAAGCGGCUGCGCGGAAGCGGCUGCGCGGAAGCGGCUGCGCGGAAGCGGCUGCGCGGAAGCGGCUGCGCGGAAGCGGCUGCGCGGAAACGGCUGCGCAGAAACGGCUGCGCAGAAACGGCUGCGCAGAAACGGCUGCGCAGAAACGGCUGCGCAGAAACGGCUGCGCAGAAACGGCUGCGCAGAAACGGCUGCGCAGAAACAGCUGCGCAGAAACAGCUGCGCAGAAACAGCUGCGCAGGAACAGCUGCGCAGAAACAGCUGCGCAGAAACAGCUGCGCAGAAGCAGCUGCGCAGAAGCAGCUGCGCAGAAACAGCUGCGCAGAAACAGCUGCGCAGAAACAGUGCGCAGAAACAGCUGCGCAGAAACAGCUGCGCAGAAACAGCUGCGCAGAAACAGCUGCGCAGAUACAGCUGCGCAGAUACAGCUGCGCAGAUACAGCUGCGCAGAAACAGCUGCGCAGAUACAGCUGCGCAGAAACAGCUGCGCAGAAACAGCUGCGCAGAAACAGCUGCGCAGAAACAGCUGCGCAGAAACAGCUGCGCAGAAACAGCUGCGCAGAAACAGCUGCGCAGAAACAGCUGCGCAGGAACAGCUGCGCAGGAACAGCUGCGCAGAAACAGCUGCGCGAAACAGCUGCGCAGAAACAGCUGCGCAGGAACAGCUGCGCAGGAACAGCUGCGCAGGAACAGCUGCGCAGGAACAGCUGCGCAGAAACAGCUGCACAGGAACAGCUGCGCAGGAACAGCUGCGCAGGAACAGCUGCGCAGCAACAGCUGCGCAGAAACAGCUGCGCAGAAACAGCUGCGCAGAAACAGCUGCGCAGAAACAGCGGCGCAGAAACAGCGGCGCAGAAACAGCGUGAAGUCUCAUCAGAAAAUCAGAAACAGCUGCGCAGAAGCGGCUGCGCAGAAGCGGCUGCGCAGAAACGGCUUCGCAGAAACGGCUGCGCAGGAACGGCUGCGCAUAAGCGGCUGCGCAGAAGCGGCUGCGCAGAAGCGGCUGCGCAGAAGCGGCUGCGCAGAAGCGGCUGCGCAGAAGCGGCUGCGCAGGAACGGCUGCGCAGGAACGGCUGCGCAGGAACGGCUGCGCAGGAACGGCUGCGCAGGAACGGCUGCGCAGGAACGGCUUCGCAGGAACGGCUUCGCAGGAACGGCUGCGCAGAAGCGGCUGCGCAGAAGCGGCUGCGCAGAAGCGGCUGCGCAGAAGCGGCUGCGCAGAAGCGGCUGCGCAGAAGCGGCUGCGCAGAAGCGGCUGCGCAGAAGCGGCUGCGCAGAAGCGGCUGCGCAGAAGCGGCUGCGCAGAAGCGGCUGCGCAGAAGCGGCUGCGCAGAAGCGGCUGCGCAGAAGCGGCUGCGCAGAAGCGGCUGCGCAGAAGCGGCUGCGCAGAAGCGGCUGCGCAGAAACGGCUGCGCAGGAACGUCUGCGCAGAAACGGCUGCGCAGAAACGGCUGCGCAGAAACGGCUGCGCAGAAACGGCUGCGCAGAAACGGCUGCGCAGAAACGGCUGCGCAGAAACGGCUGCGCAGAAACGGCUGCGCAGAAACGGCUGCGCAGAAACGGCUGCGCAGAAACGACUGCGCAGAAACGGCUGCGCAGAAGCGGCUGCGCAGAAGCGGCUGCGCAGAAUCAGCUGCGCAGAAGCAGCUGCGCAGAAGCAGCUGCGCAGAAGCAGCUGCGCAGAAGCAGCUGCGCAGAAACGGCUGCGCAGAAACGGCUGCGCAGAUACGGCUGCGCAGAUACGGCUGCGCAGAAACGGCUGCGCAGAAACGGCUGCGCAGAAACGGCUGCGCUGAUACGGCUGCGCAGAAGCGGCUGCGCAGAAGCGGCUGCGCAGAAGCGGCUCCGCAGAAACGGCUGCGCAGAUACGGCUGCGCAGAAACGGCUGCGCAGAAACGGCUGCGCAGAAACGGCUGCGCAGAAACGGCUGCGCAGAAACGGCUGCGCAGAAACGGCUGCGCAGUAACGGCUGCGCAGAAACGGCUGCGCAGAAACGUAUGCGCAGAAACGGCUGCGCAGAAACGGCUGCGCAGAAACGGCUGCGCAGAAACGGCUGCGCAGAAACGGCUGCGCAGAAACGGCUGCGCAGAAACGGCUGCGCAGAAACGGCUGCGCAGAAACGGCUGCGCAGAAACGGCUGCGCAGAAACGGCUGCGCAGAAACGGCUGCGCAGAAACAGCUGCGCAGAAACAGCUGCGCAGAAACAGCUGCGCAGAAACAGCUGCGCAGAAACAGCUGCGCAGAAACAGCUGCGCAGAAGCAGCUGCGCAGAAGCAGCUGCGCAGAAACAGCUGCGCAGAAGCAGCUGCGCAGAAACAGCUGCGCAGAAACAGCUGCGCAGAAACAGCUGCGCAGAAACAGUGCGCAGAAACAGCUGCGCAGAAACAGCUGCGCAGAAACAGCUGCGCAGAUACAGCUGCGCAGAUACAGCUGCGCAGAUACAGCUGCGCAGAAACAGCUGCGCAGAAACAGCUGCGCAGAAACAGCUGCGCAGAAACAGCUGCGCCGAAACAGCUGCGCCGAAACAGCUGCGCCGAAACAGCUGCGCCGAAACAGCUGCGCCGAAACAGCUGCGCCGAAACUGCUGCGCCGAAACUGCUGCGCCGAAACUGCUGCGCCGAAACUGCUGCGCCGAAACUGCUGCGCCGAAUCUGCUGCGCCGAAACUGCUGCGCCGAAACUGCUGCGCCGAAACUGCUGCGCCGAAACUGCUGCGCCGAAACUGCUGCGCCGAAACUGCUGCGCCGAAACUGCUGCGCCGAAACUGCUGCGCCGAAACAGCUGCGCCGAAACAGCUGCGCCGAAACUGCUGCGCCGAAACAGCUGCGCCGAAACAGCUGCGCCGAAACAGCUGCGCCGAAACAGCUGCGCCGAAACAGCUGCUGCCGAAACAGCUGCGCCGAAACAGCUGCGCCGAAACAGCUGCGCCGAAACAGCUGCGCCGAAACAGCUGCGCCGAAACAGCUGCGCAGAAACAGCUAGGCAUAAGCAGCUGCGCAGAAACAGCUGCGCAGAAACAGAUGCGCAGAAACAGCUGCGCAGAAACAGCUGCGCAGAAACAGCUGCGCAGAAACAGCUGCGCAGAAACAGCUGCGCAGAGACCGCUGCGCAGAGACAGCUGCGCAGAGACCGCUGCGCAGAGACAGCUGCGCAGAGACAGCUGCGCAGAGACAGCUGCGCAGAGACAGCUGCGCAGAGACAGCUGCGCAGAAACAGCUGCGCAGAAACAGCUGCGCAGAAACAGCUGCGCAGAAACAGCUGCGCAGAAACAGCUGCUCAGAAACAGCUGCGCAGAAACAGCUGCGCAGAAACAGCUGCGCAGAGACAGCUGCGCAGAAACAGCUGCGCAGAAACAGCUGCGCAGAAACAGCGGCGCAGAAACAGCGGCGCAGAAACACUCUAUAGCCUCCGGUUACAGGAGCGUACCUCCAUGUUCAAUGUUUUUUGGGCAGUUGAACAUAAACGGCUGCGCAGAAACGGCUGCCCAGAAGCGGCUGCGCUGAAGCGGCUGCGCAGAAGCGGCUGCGCAGAAGCGGCUGCGCAGAAGCGGCUGCGCAGAAGCGGCUGCGCAGAAGCGGCUGCGCAGAAGCGGCUGCGCAGAAGCGGCUGCGCAGAAGCGGCUGCGCAGAAGCGGCUGCGCAGAAGCGGCUGCGCAGAAGCGGCUGCGCAGAAGCGGCUGCGCAGAAGCGGCUGCGCAGAAGCGGCUGCGCAGAAACGGCUGCGCAGAAACGGCUGCGCAGAAACGGCUGCGCAGAAACGGCUGCGCAGAAACGGCUGCGCAGAAGCGGCUGCGCAGAAGCGGCUGCGCAGAAGCGGCUGCGCAGAAGCGGCUGCGCAGAAGCGGCUGCGCAGAAACGGCUGCGCAGAAGCGGCUGCGCAGAAGCGGCUGCGCAGAAGCGGCUGCGCAGAAGCGGCUGCGCAGAAGCGGCUGCGCAGAAACGGCUGCGCAGAAACGGCUGCGCAGAAACGGCUGCGCAGAUACGGCUGCGCAGAAACGGCAGCGCAGAAACGGCAGCGCAGAAACGGCUGCGCAGAUACGGCUGCGCAGAAACGGCUGCGCAGAAACGGCUGCGCAGAAACGGCUGCGCAGAAACGGCUGCGCAGAAACGGCUGCGCAGAAACGGCUGCGCAGAAACGGCUGCGCAGGAACGGCUGCGCAGGAACGGCUGCGCAGGAACGGCUGCGCAGGAACGGCUGCGCAGGAACGGCUGCGCAGGAACGGCUGCGCAGGAACGGCUUCGCAGAAGCGGCUGCGCAGAAGCGGCUGCGCAGAAGCGGCUGCGCAGAAGCGGCUGCGCAGAAGCGGCUGCGCAGAAGCGGCUGCGCAGAAGCGGCUGCGCAGAAGCGGCUGCGCAGAAGCGGCUGCGCAGAAGCGGCUGCGCAGAAGCGGCUGCGCAGAAGCGGCUGCGCAGAAGCGGCUGCGCAGAAGCGGCUGCGCAGAAGCAGCUGCGCAGAAGCAGCUGCGCAGAAACAGCUGCGCAGAAACAGCUGCGCAGAAACAGCUGCGCAGAUACGGCUGCGCAGAUACGGCUGCGCAGAAACGGCUGCGCAGAAACGGCUGCGCGGAAACGGCUGCGCGGAAACGGCUGCGCGGAAACGGCUGCGCAGAAACGGCUGCGCAGAAACGGCUGCGCAGAAGCGGCUGCGCAGAAACGGCUGCGCAGAUACGGCUGCGCAGAAACGGCUGCGCAGAAACGGCUGCGCAGAAACGGCUGCGCAGAAACGGCUGCGCAGAAACGGCUGCGCAGAAACGGCUGCGCAGAAACGGCUGCGCAGAAACGGCUGCGCAGAAACAGCUGCGCAGAAACAGCUGCGCAGAAACAGCUGCGCAGAAACAGCUGCGCAGAAACAGCUGCGCAGAAACAGCUGCGCAGAAGCAGCUGCGCAGAAACAGCUGCGCAGAAACAGCUGCGCAGAAACAGCUGCGCAGAAACAGCUGCGCAGAAUCAGCUGCGCAGAAACAGCUGCGCAGAAUCAGCUGCGCAGGAUCAGCUGCGCAGAAACAGCUGCGCAGGAACAGCUGCGCAGAAACAGCUGCGCAGGAACAGCUGCGCAGGAACAGCUGCGCAGGAACAGCUGCGCAGGAACAGCUGCGCAGGAACAGCUGCGCAGGAACAGCUGCGCAGGAACAGCUGCGCAGGAACAGCUGCGCAGGAACAGCUGCGCAGGAACAGCUGCGCAGGAACAGCUGCGCAGAAACAGCUGCGCAGGAACAGCUGCGCAGGAACAGCUGUGCGGAAACAGCUGCGCCGAAACAGCUGCGCGGAAACAGCUGCGCGGAAACAGCUGCGCGGAAACAGCUGCGCGGAAACAGCUGCGCGGAAACAGCUGCGCAGAAACAGCUGCGCAGAAACAGCUGCGCAGAAACAGCUGCGCAGAAACAGCGAAACGGCUGCGCAGAAACGGCUGCGCAGAAACGGCUGCGCAGAAACGGCUGCGCAGAAACGGCUGCGCAGAAACAGCUGCGCAGAAACAGCUGCGCAGAAACAGCUGCGCAGAAACAGCUGCGCAGAAACAGCUGCGCAGAAGCAGCUGCGCAGAAACAGCUGCGCAGAAACAGCUGCGCAGAAACAGCUGCGCAGAAUCAGCUGCGCAGAAACAGCUGCGCAGAAUCAGCUGCGCAGGAUCAGCUGCGCAGAAACAGCUGCGCAGGAACAGCUGCGCAGAAACACCUGCGCAGGAACAGCUGCGCAGGAACAGCUGCGCAGGAACAGCUGCGCAGGAACAGCUGCGCAGGAACAGCUGCGCAGGAACAGCUGCGCAGGAACAGCUGCGCAGGAACAGCUGCGCAGGAACAGCUGCGCAGGAACAGCUGCGCAGGAACAGCUGCGCAGAAACAGCUGCGCAGAAACAGCUGCGCAGGAACAGCUGCGCAGGAACAGCUGUGCGGAAACAGCUGCGCCGAAACAGCUGCGCGGAAACAGCUGCGCGGAAACAGCUGCGCGGAAACAGCUGCGCGGAAGCAGCUGCGCGGAAACAGCUGCGCGGAAACAGCUGCGCGGAAACAGCUGCGCAGAAACAGCUGCGCAGAAACAGCUGCGCAGAAACAGCUGCGCAGAAACAGCGGCGCAGAAACAGCGGCGCAGAAACACUCUAUAGCCUCCGGUUACAGGAGCGUACCUCCAUGUUCAAUGUUUUUUGGGCAGUUGAACAUAAGCGGCUGCGCAGAAGCGGCUGCGCAGAAGCGGCUGCGCAGGAACGGCUGCGCAGGAACGGCUGCGCAGGAACGGCUGCGCAGGAACGGCUGCGCAGGAACGGCUGCGCAGGAACGGCUGCGCAGGAACGGCUGCGCAGGAACGGCUGCGCAGGAAAGGCUGCGCAGAAGCGGCUGCGCAGAAGCGGCUGCGCAGAAGCGGCUGCGCAGAAGCGGCUGCGCAGAAGCGGCUGCGCAGAAGCGGCUGCGCAGAAGCGGCUGCGCAGAAGCGGCUGCGCAGAAGCGGCUGCGCAGAAGCGGCUGCGCAGUAGCGGCUGCGCAGUAGCGGCUGCGCAGAAGCGGCUGCGCAGAAGCGGCUGCGCAGAUACGGCUGCGCAGAAACGGCUGCGCAGAAACGGCUGCGCAGAAACGGCUGCGCAGAAACGGCUGCGCAGAAACGGCUGCGCAGAAACGGCUGCGCAGAAACGGCUGCGCAGAAGCGGCUGCGCAGAAGCGGCUGCGCAGAAGCGGCUGCGCAGAAGCAGCUGCGCAGAAGCAGCUGCGCAGAAACAGCUGCGCAGAUACAGCUGCGCAGAUACAGCUGCGCAGAAACAGCUGCGCAGAAACAGCUGCGCAGAAACAGCUGCGCAGAUACAGCUGCGCAGAUACAGCUGCGCAGAAACGGCUGCGCAGAAGCGGCUGCGCAGAAGCGGCUGCGCAGAAGCGGCUGCGCAGAAGCGGCUGCGCAGAAGCGGCUGCGCAGAAGCGGCUGCGCAGAAGCGGCUGCGCAGAAGCGACUGCGCAGAAGCGGCUGCGCAGAAGCGGCUGCGCAGAAGCGGCUGCGCAGAAGCGGCUGCGCAGAAGCGGCUGCGCAGAAACGGCUGCGCAGAUACGGCUGCGCAGAAACGGCUGCGCAGAAACGGCUGCGCAGAAACGGCUGCGCUGAAACGGCUGCGCAGAAACGGCUGCGCAGAAACGGCUGCGCAGAAACGGCUGCGCAGAAACGGCUGCGCAGAAACGGCUGCGCAGAAACGGCUGCGCAAAACGGCUGCGCAGAAACGGCUGCGCAGAAACGGCUGCGCAGAAACGGCUGCGCAGAAACGGCUGCGCAGAAACGGCUGCGCAGAAACGGCUGCGCAGAAACGGCUGCGCAGAAACAGCUGCGCAGAAACAGCUGCGCAGAAACAGCUGCGCAGAAACAGCUGCGCAGGAACAGCUGCGCAGAAACAGCUGCGCAGAAACAGCUGCGCAGAAACAGUGCGCAGAAACAGCUGCGCAGAAACAGCUGCGCAGAAACAGCUGAGCAGGAACAGCUGCGCAGAAACAGCUGCGCAGAAACAGCUGCGCAGAAUCAGCUGCGCAGAAUCAGCUGCGCAGAAACAGCUGCGCAGAAACAGCUGCGCAGGAACAGCUGCGCAGGAACAGCUGCGCAGAAACAGCUGCGCAGGAACAGCUGCGCAGGAACAGCUGCGCAGGAACAGCUGCGCAGGAACAGCUGCGCAGGAACAGCUGCGCAGAAACAGCUGCGCAGAAACAGCUGCGCAGAAACAGCGGCGCAGAAACAGCGGCGCAGAAACACUCUAUAGCCUCCGGUUACAGGAGCGUACCUCCAUGUUCAAUGUUUUUUGGGCAGUUGAACAUGUAAAGUUGAAUCCCGUACGCGUGUGGAACGGCUGCGCAGGAACGGCUGCGCAGGAACGGCUGCGCAGAAACGGCUGCGCAGAAACGGCUGCGCAGAAACGGCUGCGCAGAAACGGCUGCGCAGAAACGGCUGCGCAGAAACGGCUGCGCAGAAACGGCUGCGCAGAAGCGGCUGCGCAGAAGCGGCUGCGCAGAAACGGCUGCGCGGAUACGGCUGCGCAGAAACGGCUGCGCAGAAACGGCUGCGCAGAAACGGCUGCGCAGAAACGGCUGCGCAGAAACGGCUGCGCAGUAACGGCUGCGCAGAAACGGCUGCGCAGAAACGGCUGCGCAGAAACGGCUGCGCAGAAACGGCUGCGCAGAAACGGCUGCGCAGAAACGGCUGCGCAGAAACGGCUGCGCAGAAACGGCUGCGGAGAAACGGCUGCGCAGAAACGGCUGCGCAGAAACGGCUGCGCAGAAACGGCUGCGCAGAAACGGCUGCGCAGAAACGGCUGCGCAGAAACAGCUGCGCAGAAACAGCUGCGCAGAAACAGCUGCGCAGAAACAGCUGCGCAGAAACAGCUGCGCAGGAACAGCUGCGCAGAAACAGCUGCGCAGAAACAGCUGCGCAGAAUCAGCUGCGCAGAAUCAGCUGCGCAGAAACAGCUGCGCAGAAACAGCUGCGCAGGAACAGCUGCGCAGAAACAGCUGCGCAGAAACAGCUGCGCAGAAACAGCUGCGCAGGAACAGCUGCGCAGGAACAGCUGCGCAGGAACAGCUGCGCAGGAACAGCUGCGCAGGAACAGCUACGCAGGAACAGCUGCGCAGGAACAGCUGCGCAGAAACAGCUGCGCAGGAACAGCUGCGCAGGAACAGCUGCGCAGGAACAGCUGCGCGGAAACAGCUGCGCGGAAACAGCUGCGCGGAAACAGCUGCGCGGAAACAGCUGCGCGGAAACAGCUGCGCGGAAACAGCUGCGCGGAAACAGCUGCGCGGAAACAGCUGCGCGGAAACAGCUGCGCGGAAACAGCUGCGCAGAAACAGCUGCGCAGAAACAGCUGCGCAGAAACAGCUGCGCAGAAACAGCUGCGCAGAAACAGCGGCGCAGAAACAGCGGCGCAGAAACACUCUAUAGCCUCCGGUUACAGGAGCGUACCUCCAUUUUCAAUGUUUUUUGGGCAGUUGAACAUUGAAGUCUCAUCAGAAAAUCAGAAACAGCUGCGCAGAAGCGGCUGCGCAGAAGCGGCUGCGCAGAAGCGGCUGCGCAGAAACGGCUGCGCAGGAACGGCUGCGCAGGAACAGCUGCGCAGGAACAGCUGCGCAGGAACAGAUGCGCAGAAGCGGCUGCGCAGAAACGGCUGCGCAGAAACGGCUGCGCAGAAACGGCUGCGCAGAAACGGCUGCGCAGAAACGGCUGCGCAGAAACGGCUGCGCAGAAACGGCUGCGCAGAAACGGCUGCGCAGAAACGGCUGCGCAGAAACGGCUGCGCAGAAACGGCUGCGCAGAAACGGCUGCGCAGAAACGGCUGCGCAGAAACGGCUGCGCAGAAACGGCUGCGCAGAAACGGCUGCGCAGAAACGGCUGCGCAGAAACGGCUGCGCAGAUAUGGCUGCGCAGAAACGGCUGCGCAGAAACAGCUGCGCAGAAACAGCUGCGCAGAAACAGCUGCGCAGAAACAGCUGCGCAGAAACAGCUGCGCAGAAACAGCUGCGCAGAAACAGCUGCGCAGAAACAGCUGCGCAGAAACAGCUGCGCAGAAACAGCUACGCAGAAACAGUGCGCAGAAACAGCUGCGCAGAAACAGCUGCGCAGAAACAGCUGCGCAGGAACAGCUGCGCAGGAACAGCUGCGCAGAAUCAGCUGCGCAGGAUCAGCUGCGCAGAAACAGCUGCGCAGAAACAGCUGCGCAGGAACAGCUGCGCAGGAACAGCUGCCCAGAAACAGCUGCGCAGAAACAGCUGCGCAGAAACAACUGCGCAGAAACAGCUGCGCAGGAACAGCUGCGCAGGAACAGCUGCGCAGGAACAGCUGCGCAGGAACAGCUGCGCAGAAACAGCUGCGCAGAAACAGCUGCGCAGAAACAGCUGCGCAGAAACAGCUGCGCAGAAACAGCUGCGCGGAAACAGCUGCGCGGAAACAGCUGCGCGGAAACAGCUGCGCGGAAACAGCUGCGCGGAAACAGCUGCGCGGAAACAGCUGCGCGGAAACAGCUGCGCGGAAACAGCUGCGCGGAAACAGCUGCGCGGAAACAGCUGCGCGGAAACAGCUGCGCAGAAACAGCUGCGCAGAAGCAGAUGCGCGGAAACAGCUGUGCAGAAACAGCUGCGCAGAAGCAGAUGCGCAGAAACAGCUGCGCAGAAACAGCUGCGCAGAAACAGCUGCGCAGAAACAGCUGCGCAGAAACAGCGGCGCAGAAACAGCGGCGCAGAAACAGCGGCGCAGAAACAGCGGCGCAGAAACACUCUAUAGCCUCCGGUUACAGGAGCCUGCGCCGAAACAGCUGCGCCGAAACAGCUGCGCCGAAACAGCUGCGCCGAAACAGCUGCGCCGAAACAGCUGCGCCGAAACAGCUGCGCCGAAACAGCUGCGCCGAAACAGCUGCGCCGAAACUGCUGCGCCGAAACUGCUGCGCCGAAACUGCUGCGCCGAAACUGCUGCGCCGAAACUGCUGCGCCGAAACUGCUGCGCCGAAACUGCUGCGCCGAAACUGCUGCGCCGAAACAGCUGCGCCGAAACAGCUGCGCCAAAACAGCUGCGCAGAAACAGCUGCGCCGAAACAGCUGCGCCGAAACAGCUGCGCCGAAACAGCUGCGCAGAAACAGCUAGGCAUAAGCAGCUGCGCAGAAACAGCUGCGCAGACAGCUGCGCAGAAACAGAUGCGCAGAAACAGCUGCGCAGAAACAGCUGCGCAGAAACAGCUGCGCAGAAACAGCUGCGCAGAAACAGCUGCGCAGAAACAGCUGCGCAGAGACAGCUGCGCAGAGACAGCUGCGCAGAGACAGCUGCGCAGAGACAGCUGCGCAGAAACAGCUGCGCAGAAACAGCUGCGCAGAAACAGCUGCGCAGAAACAGCUGCGCAGAAACAGCUGCGCAGAAACAGCUGUGCAGAAACAGCUGCGCAGAAACAGAUGCGCAGAAACAGCUGCGCAGAAACAGCUGCGCAGAAACAGCGGCGCACAAACAGCGGCGCAGAAACACUCUAUAGCCUCCGGUUACAGGAGCGUACCUCCAUGUUCAAUGUUUUUUGGGCAGUUGAACAUCUGCGCGGAGACGGCUGCGCAGAAGCGGCUGCGCGGAAGCGGCUGCGCGGAAGCGGCUGCGCGGAAGCGGCUGCGCGGAAGCGGCUGCGCGGAAGCGGCUGCGCGGAAACGGCUGCGCGGAAACGGCUGCGCGGAAACGGCUUCGCGGGAACGGCUGCGCGGGAACGGCUGCGCGGGAACGGCUGCGCGGGAACAGGUGCGCGGGAACAGGUGCGCGGGAACAGGUGCGCGGGAACAGCUGCGCGGGAACAGCUGCGCAGGAACAGCUGCGCAGGAACAGCUGCGCAGGAACAGGUGCGCAGGAACAGCUGCGCAGGAACAGCUGCGCAGGAACAGGUGCGCAGGAACAGUGAAGUCUCAUCAGAAAAUCAGAAACAGCUGCGCAGAAGCGGCUGCGCGGAAGCGGCUGCGCGGAAGCGGCUGCGCGGAAGCGGCUGCGCGGAAGCGGCUGCGCGGAAGCGGCUGCGCGGAAGCGGCUGCGCGGAAGCGGCUGCGCGGAAGCGGCUGCGCGGAAGCGGCUGCGCGGAAGCGGCUGCGCGGAAGCGGCUGCGCGGAAGCGGCUGCGCGGAAACGGCUGCGCAGAAACGGCUGCGCAGAAACGGCUGCGCAGAAACGGCUGCGCAGAAACGGCUGCGCAGAAACGGCUGCGCAGAAACGGCUGCGCAGAAACGGCUGCGCAGAAACGGCUGCGCAGAAACGGCUGCGCAGAAACGGCUGCGCAGAAACGGCUGCGCAGAAACGGCUGCGCAGAAACGGCUGCGCAGAAACAGCUGCGCAGAAACAGCUGCGCAGAAACAGCUGCGCAGAAGCAGCUGCGCAGAAGCAGCUGCGCAGAAACAGCUGCGCAGAAACAGCUGCGCAGAAACAGCUGCGCAGAAACAGCUGCGCAGAAACAGUGCGCAGAAACAGCUGCGCAGAAACAGCUGCGCAGAAACAGCUGCGCAGAUACAGCUGCGCAGAUACAGCUGCGCAGAUACAGCUGCGCAGAAACAGCUGUGCAGAAACAGCUGCGCAGAAACAGCUGCGCAGAAACAGCUGCGCAGAAACAGCUGCGCAGAAACAGCUGCGCAGGAACAGCUGCGCAGGAACAGCUGCGCAGAAACAGCUCCGCAGGAACAGCUGCGCAGGAACAGCUGCGCAGAAACAGCUGCGCAGAAACAGCUGCACAGGAACAGCUGCGCAGGAACAGCUGCGCAGGAACAGCUGCGCAGGAACAGCUGCGCAGAAACAGCUGCGCAGGUACAGCUGCGCAGGAACAGCUGCGCAGGAACAGCUGCGCAGAAACAGCUGCGCAGAAACAGCUGCGCAGAAACAGCUGCGCAGAAACAGCUGCGCAGAAACAGCUGCGCAGAAACAGCUGCGCAGAAACAGCGGCGCAGAAACAGCGGCGCAGAAACAGCGGCGCAGAAACACUCUAUAGCCUCCGGUUACAGGAGCAAGCGGCUGCGCAGAAGCGGCUGCGCAGAAGCGGCUGCGCAGAAGCGGCUGCGCAGAAGCGGCUGCGCAGAAGCGGCUGCGCAGAAGCGGCUGCGCAGAAGCGGCUGCGCAGAAGCGGCUGCGCAGAAGCGGCUGCGCAGAAGCGGCUGCGCAGAAGCGGCUGCGCAGAAGCGGCUGCGCAGAAGCGGCUGCGGAAACCGGCUGCGCAGAAACGGCUGCGCAGAAGCGGCUGCGCAGAAGCGGCUGCGCAGAAGCGGCUGCGCAGAAGCGGCUGCGCAGAAGCGGCUGCGCAGAAGCGGCUGCGCAGAAGCGGCUGCGCAGAAGCGGCUGCGCAGAAGCGGCUGCGCAGAAGCGGCUGCGCAGAAACGGCUGCGCAGAAACGGCUGCGCAGAAACGGCUGCGCAGAAACGGCUGCGCAGAAACGGCUGCGCAGAUACGGCUGCGCAGAAACGGCUGCGCAGAAACGGCUGCGCAGGAACGGCUGCGCAGGAACGGCUGCGCAGGAACGGCUGCGCAGGAACGGCUGCGCAGGAACGGCUGCGCAGGAACGGCUGCGCAGGAACGGCUGCGCAGGAACGGCUGCGCAGGAACGGCUGCGCAGGAACGGCUGCGCAGGAACGGCUGCGCAGGAACGGCUGCGCAGGAACGGCUGCGCAGGAACGGCUGCGGAGGAACGGCUGCGCAGAAGCGGCUUCGCAGAAGCGGCUGCGCAGAAGCGGCUGCGCAGAUGCGGCUGCGCAGAAGCGGCUGCGCAGAAGCGGCUGCGCAGAAGCGGCUGCGCAGAAGCGGCUGCGCAGAAGCGGCUGCGCAGAAGCGGCUGCGCAGAAGCGGCUGCGCAGAAGCGGCUGCGCAGAAGCGGCUGCGCAGAAACGGCUGCGCAGAAACGGCUGCGCAGAAACGGCUGCGCAGGAACGGCUGCGCAGGAACGGCUGCGCAGAAACGGCUGCGCAGAAACGGCUGCGCAGAAACGGCUGCGCAGAAACGGCUGCGCAGAAACGGCUGCGCAUAAACGGCUGCGCAGAAACGGCUGCGCAGAAACGGCUGCGCAGAAACGGCUGCGCAGAAACGGCUGCGCAGAAACGGCUGCGCAGAAACGGCUGCGCAGAAACGGCUGCGCAGAAGCAGCUGCGCAGAAGCAGCUGCGCAGAAGCAGCUGCGCAGAAACAGCUGCGCAGAAACGGCUGCGCAGAAACGGCUGCGCAGAUACGGCUGCGCAGAUACGGCUGCGCAGAAACGGCUGCGCAGAAACGGCUGCGCAGAAACGGCUGCGCUGAUACGGCUGCGCAGAAACGGCUGCGCAGAAACGGCUGCGCAGAAACGGCUGCGCAGAAGCGGCUGCGCAGAAGCGGCUGCGCAGAAGCGGCUGCGCAGAAGCGGCUGCGCAGAAGCGGCUGCGCAGAAGCGGCUGCGCAGAAACGUCUGCGCAGAAACGGCUGCGCAGAAGCAGCUGCGCAGAAACAGCUGCGCAGAAGCAGCUGCGCAGAAACAGCUGCGCAGAAACAGCUGCGCAGAAACAGCUGCGCAGAAACUGUGCGCAGAAACAGCUGCGCAGAAACAGCUGCGCAGAAACAGCUGCGCAGAUACAGCUGCGCAGAAACAGCUGCGCAGAAACAGCUGCGCAGAUACAGCUGCGCAGAUACAGCUGCGCAGAAACAGCUGCGCAGAAACAGCUGCGCAGAAACAGCUGCGCAGAAACAGCUGCGCAGAAACAGCUGCGCAGAAACAGCUGCGCAGGAACAGCUGCGCAGAAACAGCUGCGCAGGAACAGCUGCGCAGGAACAGCUGCGCAGAAACAGCUGCGCAGGAACAGCUGCGCAGGAACAGCUGCGCAGGAACAGCUGCGCAGGAACAGCUGCGCAGGAACAGCUGCGCAGGAACAGCUGCGCAGAAACAGCUGCGCAGAAACAGCUGCGCAGAAACAGCUGCGCAGAAACAGCUGCGCAGAAACAGCUGCGCAGAAACAGCUGCGCAGAAACAGCGGCGCAGAAACAGCUGCGCAGAAACAGCGGCGCAGAAACAGCGGCGCAGAAACAGCGUGAAGUCUCAUCAGAAAAUCAGAAACAGCUGCGCAGAAGCGGCUGCGCAGAAGCGGCUGCGCAGAAGCGGCUGCGCAGAAGCGGCUGCGCAGAAACGGCUGCGCAGGAACAGCUGCGCAGGAACAGCUGCGCAGGAACAGGUGCGCAGAAGCGGCUGCGCAGAAACGGCUGCGCAGAAACGGCUGCGCAGAAACGGCUGCGCAGAAACGGCUGCGCAGAAACGGCUGCGCAGAAACGGCUGCGCAGAAACGGCUGCGCAGAAACGGCUGCGCAGAAACGGCUGCGCAGAAACGGCUGCGCAGAAACGGCUGCGCAGAAACGGCUGCGCAGAAACGGCUGCGCAGAAACGGCUGCGCAGAAACGGCUGCGCAGAAACGGCUGCGCAGAAACAGCUGCGCAGAAACGGCUGCGCAGAAACAGCUGCGCAGAAACAGCUGCGCAGAAACAGCUGCGCAGAAACAGCUGCGCAGAAACAGCUGCGCAGAAACAGCUGCGCAGAAACAGCUGCGCAGAAACAGCUGCGCAGAAACAGCUGCGCAGAAACAGCUGCGCAGAAACAGUGCGCAGAAACAGCUGCGCAGAAACAGCUGCGCAGAAACAGCUGCGCAGGAACAGCUGCGCAGGAACAGCUGCGCAGAAUCAGCUGCGCAGGAUCAGCUGCGCAGAAACAGCUGCGCAGAAACAGCUGCGCAGGAACAGCUGCGCAGGAACAGCUGCCCAGAAACAGCUGCGCAGAAACAGCUGCGCAGAAACAACUGCGCAGAAACAGCUGCGCAGGAACAGCUGCGCAGGAACAGCUGCGCAGGAACAGCUGCGCAGGAACAGCUGCGCAGGAACAGCUGCGCAGAAACAGCUGCGCAGAAACAGCUGCGCAGAAACAGCUGCGCAGAAACAGCUGCGCAGAAACAGCUGCGCAGAAACAGCUGCGCGGAAACAGCUGCGCGGAAACAGCUGCGCGGAAACAGCUGCGCGGAAACAGCUGCGCGGAAACAGCUGCGCGGAAACAGCUGUGCAGAAACAGCUGCGCAGAAGCAGAUGCGCAGAAACAGCUGCGCAGAAACAGCUGCGCAGAAACAGCUGCGCAGAAACAGCUGCGCAGAAACAGCGGCGCAGAAACAGCGGCGCAGAAACAGCGGCGCAGAAACAGCGGCGCAGAAACAGCGGCGCAGAAACACUCUAUAGCCUCCGGUUACAGGAGCGUACCUCCAUGUUCAAUGUUUUUUGGGCAGUUGAACAUCUGCGCAUAAACAGCUGCGCCGAAACAGCUGCGCCGAAACAGCUGCGCCGAAACAGCUGCGCCGAAACAGCUGCGCCGAAACAGCUGCGCCGAAACAGCUGCGCCGAAACAGCUGCGCCGAAACAGCUGCGCCGAAACAGCUGCGCCGAAACAGCUGCGCCGAAACAGCUGCGCCGAAACAGCUGCGCCGAAACUGCUGCGCCGAAACAGCUGCGCCGAAACAGCUGCGCAGAAACAGCUAGGCAUAAGCAGCUGCGCAGAAACAGCUGCGCAGAGACAGCUGCGCAGAAACAGAUGCGCAGAAACAGCUGCGCAGAAACAGCUGCGCAGAAACAGCUGCGCAGAAACAGCUGCGCAGAGACAGCUGCGCAGAGACAGCUGCGCAGAGACAGCUGCGCAGAGACAGCUGCGCAGAGACAGCUGCGCAGAAACAGCUGCGCAGAAACAGCUGCGCAGAAACAGCUGCGCAUAAACAGCUGCGCAGAAACAGCUGCACAGAAACAGCUGCGCAGAAACAGCUGCGCAGAAACAGCUGUGCAGAAACAGCUGCGCAGAAACAGAUGCGCAGAAACAGCUGCGCAGAAACAGCUGCGCAGAAACAGCGGCGCACAAACAGCGGCGCAGAAACACUCUAUAGCCUCCGGUUACAGGAGCGUACCUCCAUGUUCAAUGUUUUUUGGGCAGUUGAACAUUGAAGUCUCAUCAGAAAAUCAGAAACAGCUGCGCGGAGACGGCUGCGCAGAAGCGGCUGCGCGGAAGCGGCUGCGCGGAAGCGGCUGCGCGGAAGCGGCUGCGCGGAAGCGGCUGCGCGGAUGCGGCUGCGCGGAAACGGCUGCGCGGAAACGGCUGCGCGGAAACGGCUGCGCGGGAACGGCUGCGCGGGAACGGCUGCGCGGGAACGGCUGCGCGGGAACAGGUGCGCGGGAACAGGUGCGCGGGAACAGGUGCGCGGGAACAGCUGCGCGGGAACAGCUGCGCAGGAACAGCUGCGCAGGAACAGCUGCGCAGGAACAGGUGCGCAGGAACAGCUGCGCAGGAACAGCUGCGCAGGAACAGGUGCGCAGGAACAGGAUCUCUAGACCACGCGCGCGUACGGAGUUCGUCACCCAUGCUGUUGCAGUGAAGUCUCAUCAGAAAAUCAGAAACAGCUGCGCAGAAGCGGCUGCGCGGAAGCGGCUGCGCGGAAGCGGCUGCGCGGAAGCGGCUGCGCGGGAGCGGCUGCGCGGGAGCGGCUGCGCGGAAGCGGCUGCGCGGAAGCGGCUGCGCGGAAGCGGCUGCGCGGAAGCGGCUGCGCGGAAGCGGCUGCGCGGAAGCGGCUGCGCGGAAGCGGCUGCGCGGAAGCGGCUGCGCGGAAACGGCUGCGCAGAAACGGCUGCGCAGAAACGGCUGCGCAGAAACGGCUGCGCAGAAACGGCUGCGCAGAAACGGCUGCGCAGAAACGGCUGCGCAGAAACGGCUGCGCAGAAACGGCUGCGCAGAAACGGCUGCGCAGAAACGGCUGCGCAGAAACGGCUGCGCAGAAACGGCUGCGCAGAAACGGCUGCGCAGAAACGGCUGCGCAGAAACAGCUGCGCAGAAACAGCUGCGCAGAAACAGCUGCGCAGAAACAGCUGCGCAGAAACAGCUGCGCAGAAGCAGCUGCGCAGAAGCAGCUGCGCAGAAACAGCUGCGCAGAAACAGCUGCGCAGAAACAGUGCGCAGAAACAGCUGCGCAGAAACAGCUGCGCAGAAACAGCUGCGCAGAUACAGCUGCGCAGAAACAGCUGCGCAGAAACAGCUGCGCAGAAACAGCUGCGCAGAAACAGCUGCGCAGAAACAGCUGCGCAGAAACAGCUGCGCAGAAACAGCUGCGCAGAAACAGCUGCGCAGGAACAGCUGCGCAGAAACAGCUGCGCAGAAACAGCUGCGCAGGAACAGCUGCGCAGGAACAGCUGCGCAGAAACAGCUGCGCAGAAACAGCUGCGCAGAAACAGCUGCGCAGGAACAGCUGCGCAGGAACAGCUGCGCAGGAACAGCUGCGCAGGAACAGCUGCGCAGGAACAGCUGCGCAGGAACAGCUGCGCAGAAACAGCUGCGCAGAAACAGCUGCGCAGAAACAGCUGUGCAGAAACAGCUGCGCAGAAACAGAUGCGCAGAAACAGCGGCGGACAAACAGCGGCGCAGAAACACUCUAUAGCCUCCGGUUACAGGAGCGUACCUCCAUGUUCAAUGUUUUUUGGGCAGUUGAACAUGUAA